GAAAAUUCUCUACACGAGGUGUUACUUUUGUUUUUAAAAUUAUUUGGUGUAUUUUUGUCAUAAAUCUAAUCAUUUAUUACUACUUAUUCACCAAAACAAAUCUAGCUUCUCUUUACAUCCUCUAUUAUGUUGUCGUGAUACGCAUGAAAUGGAAUAAAAAGAUUAAAAAGAACAUUGUUCUAUGGAGAUAGAAUAUUGGCGACCAGAAUCUGAGCCUAAUGAACGUCGAUGGGAUGGGGGAGGUAGGCGGCGAGGUGGCGCUCAUCGCCGAUGAGCUCAGCCGUGCCGUGGAGCUCACUCUCAACCCGACAGUCUCCCAUGAGGCUCGCAACCAGGCCUAUAAUGCUUGCGAAAGCUUUAAAGAGAGCUCACCAUGGUGUGCUCAAGCUGGCCUAUUGCUGGCAAGUGGACAGUAUUCUGCGGUUGUCAAACACUUUGGUCUGCAACUUAUGGAGCACACAGUGAAGUACCGUUGGACACAGAUCACACAAGCUGAGAAGAUAUUUAUAAAGGAAAACGCCAUGAAAUUGCUGUACAUUGGCGGCUGGGAGCCGGGGCACCUGAACGACGCGCUCGCGCGGGUCAUCGUGGAGAUGAUCAAGCGCGAGUGGCCGCAGCAAUGGCCGACGUUGCUCGCCGAGUUGAGCGACGCGUGCGCGCGCGGCCACGCGCACACACAGAUCGUGCUGCACGUUUUCCUACGGCUGGUGGAAGACGUGGCCACGUUGCAGACGCUCGAGCAACACCAACGGCGCAAGGACAUCUACCAGGCGCUGACCAGCAACAUGGCGGAGAUCUUCGCGUUUUUCAUGCGGCUGAUAGAGUUACACGUGCAAGAGUUCAGAGAACACACCGCCAAAGGCGACGCCAACGCUGCCGCCAGCAACGGCAGGGUUGUGCAGGUGGUCCUGCUUACGCUAACGGGAUUCGUGGAGUGGGUGUCGACCAACCACGUGGUCAUGAACAACGGGCGCCUGCUGCAGAUCCUGUGCAUCCUGCUGCAGGACGAGGCCUUCCAGCUGCCUGCGGCCGAGUGCCUGCUGCAGGUGGUGAACAGGAAAGGUUCGACUAAGGAGCGCAAGCCGCUGAUGAUUCUGUUCAGCGAAGACGCGAUCUCAUGCAUUCACCGCGCCGCGGUGGCCAGCAUCAACGUCCCGGACGAGAAAAACUACUUGUUCCUAAAGAAGCUCUCUCAGGUGGUAGCGGGCUUAGGGCAGCAGCUAACGUCCCUGUGGAACUACGCCACGGGCGUGGAGUUCUGGAUGCCGGUGCUGCUAGAGAGCGUGCUGCUGCUGACGUCGCACCCGUCGCUGACGCUGACGCACGCCGUGAGCGGCGUGUGGCUGUGCGUGUUCCGGCACGAGCACGCCAGCAGACUGCCCGCCGUGGCCGCCAUCGUGCCGCGCUGGCUGCACGCCGCCGCGCCCAAGCUGCUCAAGGUGACGUACCCCGCCACCCGCGCGAGCGGCGCUCACGACGCGGCCACGUACGCCUGCAUCGACUACGACAGCGAACAGGAGUUCGCAGUCUUCUUCAACCGCUGCCGCACCGAGAUACUUGACUGCUUUAGGCAUUGCAUGUGCGCGGCGCCGCUCGUGACGUGGGCGUACGUGGAGCAGUGGACGCGCGCCGCGCUGGACAAGGUGGAGUCGUGCCCCGCCGAGCUGGACCACACGCACCCCCUCCACGUGGAGUGGGAGGCCUUGUCGCAGGUGUUAGACGUGGUGCUAUCGCGGCUGCUGCACUGCGAGCCGCGACCCAACGUGGUGGAGGGUCUGCAGCUGCUGCAGCGCUGCGUGGCUUGCACGCCGCCCGCGCCGCUCAUCCUGUCGCUGCUGCUGUCGCUGGUGUCCGCACUCUUCGUGUUCCUCAGCUGCGCCUGCAGCCAGGUCGCAGGUCCGGGCGUGGGCGUGGCGGGCGCGGAGCUGCUGCCGCGCGUGCUGGACAAGAUCUUCGCGGCGCUGCUCACCGACAACCACACGCCACCCGCGCGCCGCACCCGAGCCGUCAAGAACGUGCGCCGUCACGCCGCCAGCUUGCUCGUCAAGCUCGGCUCCAAGUACCCGCUGCUUCUGCUGCCCGUGUUCGGGCGGCUGCACGAGAUGUGCCAGGCGGCGCUGGCGCGGCCCGGCCUCAGCGCCGUGGAGAGCGUCACCAUACAGGAGGCGCUGCUGCUCGUGUCCAACCACUUCUGUUGCUACGAGCGCCAGAGUGCGCUGGUGGCGCAGGUGCUGGGCGACGUGAGCUCGCGCUGGGCGGCGCUGGCGCCGCACCUGGCGUCGGCGGCGUCGCUGGCGCGGCUCAUCGGGCUGGACGCGGCGCCGGCCGCCGCCGACGAGAGCGGCGACGCGCGCCGCACGCUGCUGCACGCGCUCACGCUCACGCUCGGCGUCGUCAAGCGCACCACCGUGCCCGCCGACCCCGACAAAGCGUCCCGCGGCGGGUUCAGCGCGGGCACGACGCCGAGCGGGAACCCGAUCUGGCGCAACCCGUGCACCGCGCACGUGCUGCCGCUGUUCCCGCACGCGCUGGCGCUGGCUCGCGCGCUGCACGAACUGCACGCGCCGGGCGGGACGGGCGUGCUGCACGCGGCGCACGCGCGUGCGCUGCAGCCGCCGGCCGCCGAGCGCCGCAACCUGCUGGGGCUGGCCGAGGGCGACGCGCCGCCGCCCCAGCCGCACGACCGCAUGCAGACCUACGUGCACACGCUGCACGACAAUGUGUGCCACCUGGUGGGCGCGGCGGCGACGACGCUGGGCCGCGAGCUGUUCUGCGCGGCGGGGCUGGCGCGCGCGCUGCUGGGCUCGCUGCUGGCCGCGGAGCACCUGCCCGACCACUGGCUGCGGCCCAUCGCGCGCCACGCGCUCAAGCCGCUGCUGCUGCACUGCCCGCCCGCGCACCUGGCCGAACUGGCGCUGCCGCUGCUCGACCACCAUGCGCCGUUCAUGUUAGUACAUUUAUCACAACGAUGGGAAUACAUUGCUUCACUAUACGAGUCCGGUAAGCUGGAGGAGGAGGGCAGCAACGAGUCACAGGAAGUCUUAGAAGAUAUGCUAGUCAGGCAUCUGACGAGGGAACACCUUGAGGUGCUCAAGGUGUCACUAGUGGAUGGCGGAGUGAGCCCGGAAUCCGUGACGGGUGCGGGCGACAUGGAGGACGACAGCCCGCCGCCCGCCAGCACGCAGCGUGCGCCCGAGCAGGUGUCCGAGCUCGGCGCCAUGGUGCUGGCCUCCCCGCGCGCCGGGCCCGCCGUGCUGCACACGGUGCUCCGCGCGCUAACGUGGCCGGACUCGACGUCGUCGCUGCGCGCCACGGCGCUGGCGUGGCCGGCGCUGCGCGCGGCGCUGGACGCGGGGCUGGUGGGCGACGCCGAGGCCAGCGGCGCGCUGGCCGCCGUGCUGCAGGCGCUGCGCGCGCACGGCCAGCACGACGCCAACCAGGCCGCGCUGCUGGCGCUCGCCGUGCAGGCGUACGAGACGCUGCGGCCGCGGUUCCCGCACGUGGCGGGCGUGCUGCGCGCCAUCCCCGACGUGGACGCGCACGACCUGCGCCGCCUCGACGAGAAGCUCGCGCCCGGCAACGCCAAGCAGAACAAGAUCGACAAGACCAAGCGCGACCUCUUCAAGAAGAUCACGGCUAGGCUGAUCGGUCGCAACGUGGGGCAGCUGUUCAAGAAGGAGGUGUACAUCCUGGACCUGCCGCACAUACAGAGCGCACGCCGCGAGCCGCCGCGCAGCGCGCUGGACGCGCCGGGCGGCGCCGGCCUGCCCGGCCUGUUCGCGCCCCAGCCCGAGCCCACCUAGCCACCCGCGCCCGAGCCGAGCCGGCCGAGUAUCGCUAUCUCGCGAGACCGACACCUGCGACCGUGAGUGGAGAUGAAAGGUUCUACGAACCUGGUCGUCGGUUUGGUUUGCGGAUAAUAUAGCUACCAUGGAGCGGCAUAAUUUAUUCCGAUUUUCGGGGGUUCGCCGCGCGUAAUAUGGAUCUUAUGUUAUACUCGUAUAGCUUUUACUGUAGUGAUCGUCGACGCGUUAUAGAGAGAUGAGUGAAAUGCUAUCGGAAAGUUGUGAUAACACCGUUGGCCGGCCCGACCGUUUGUACAUCUCUGAGGACUUUACUCGCUAGUCAACGGUUAUUAUUUUGAUAUUGCAGGUAGGUGUUGAUUAGAAAAAUCCGGCUAUACGAUAGGAGCACAUUUUAUGAAUUUCAUUAUACUUUGCUGGUGGUAUAAAAAUUCAACAAAACCUAGGGUUGACAUGUUUGAGGCUAGAAUUAUAAUUUUAUAUAAUCAAACAUAUUCAACGUCGUAGCGGUGGCACGCAUUUUUUUUACUUCAUUUGCAUUGUUGGCAUUAUUGCGCGUAAAAAACAAGGCAGUUUUGCAUAGUUAUUAUGAAUCACGUUACAUUACAGUGUAAGGCCUUCUUAAGAUAAAGAUUAAGCAACGAAUACAAAAUGAGACGAAGUAAUAAUAUGCAUAAUGAAAAACAAAGAGUAUAAUUAUAACGCGCGAGUUGCCUAGUUGGUCCAUAGGUACUUGUAAACCUAGGAGGAUAUAACCAAACGGAGACGCCACGUCUGUAAUUUCUGUACAAAAAACUCUGCCGAUUUUUGCGGGGGAGGGGAACGUCAAAUGUAUGCGUAACGUCAAAUUAGCCAUGUCAGAUAAACGUCAGUCCAUACAUUGUGUAUGACCAUUGGCCGACUAUUUUCGACAGAGAGGAACGCCUGUUAAUGGCUACCCCGUUAUCCUCCUAGUUGUAAACAGACUGAUUCUAAAAAAGUGAUGUUCCUAAACAAUGACUGAUCAGUGACCACGUGAGAUUUAUUGUGAUUUACAAUGCCACUUGCCAAUAAUUUUGCACAAAAGUAUCAAACGUUCAUCCUUACUUUUCCAGCGGACGAAAGAUGGACACAGUUGUUGCAUGACAGUGACAGAAUAAAACAGUGAUACAAAGUCCAAAUUCCGUAUGAUACAUGUUUUUUGUUGUUGCUUUUAUCCGUUUUUUUUUUGGCAUAUUUAAAGUCGAUUCUUUAAUUGCGUAGACUAAAAUAACAACCACAAAUGUCAAACGCAGAAAUAAUGAUACCAGCUUAAACAAACAGUGCUGAUCUUUGAUUUCGGUUUGUGAAUAACCGAUAAAUAUUAAAUUAAUUUUAGAUUUAAAAUAAACAAUAAAUGAAAUCUACUCGCUACAUAAUAGGAAAUCCAUACUUAAUAUUAUAAAUGCGAGUGUGUCUGUCUGUCUGUUACCUCUUCACGCUUAAACUGCUGAACCGAUUUAGUUGAAAUUUGGUAAAGGGGUAGUUUGAGUACCGGGGAAGGACAUAGGAUACUUUUUAUUCCAGAACUCACCCCUUAAGAAGGCCUCAUCUCACAUUUUUACCUACACUAUUUCCCCCUUUUUAAUAUCUCUCCUCGUGUCCCCUUUUAGCACGUCACGGAUUAUUCAUUCAUUGUGUAUAGACACUUCACCAACAAAAAUAAGUACCUCCCAAUAGUUUAUUUUCGGUUAGUACUGGUUGUAGAACAUAACUAUUUAUAAGACGUAAAAAACUAGCAACACAUGAGUGACAUUUUAGUCUACACAAUUAAAAAAUAGGCUUUACUUCAUUUGAACGUAUGAAUGACUGUAUUGUAAACUGAUUAUGUGUAAAAUCGAAAGAGAAGUAGGUAUGCAUUAGAGGUGUGACAAAUGGGUCACCUGUUUGUAAUUUUAAUUUCGGAUGAUUAUUGAUGUAAAUAAAUAUAAAUUUCAUUCAGUAAUAAUUAAAAAACAAAUCAAUUAUUUGAAUGUAACUUAGACUAUGAGGCAGACUUAAGCAGUGUUAAACAAACUGUUUCCAAGUCGAUUGAGCACAGGAAUGCCAUGGGCUGGGGCCGUGUAUAGAGCGCGCCAUGAGUCACCGGGGGAUUCCAGGUCCAUUUUCACCUCUUUUAUAGAAAAUAAUAAAUAGUAAGUAUAACCUCCAAGGGCCAUACAAAUGGAAAACCUAAAAUUUGCUAGUGUAAUUUGUUUAUAUUGUUAUGUUUGAAAAUGGAACAAUACAAAACAAAUGCAAUUCUGUUCCAAUAGGGAAUAUUACGCCAAACUCUGCGUAGGGGGCGCCACUACCACAAUCCAUCACAAUUUGACGGUCUACCGCGAAACAAGAAAAUCAAAAUUUCGUUAUCUAACCUCUAUCACUCUUGCGUAUUCGAGCGAUA